AUGCCACGAGCGGGCCAGAAAAAAGGUGAUCGAGAUGAUACAUACAAACCUAGUAAAGAAGCCGAAGAAGACAUCGCCGACGUCGACGUCGACAUUUUAAAACCCACCAAAGCAACCCUCAAACCAUCUAAAAUCACCAAGCCUCUCUCAAAAGGACCUUCAAAACAACAACCCCAAAAAAGCACUCCCAAAGGCACCCCCAAAGGAACACCCAAACACACACCCCGAUCUACCCCCAAACCCCCCUCAGCAGGCGCCUACAAAAAACCCUCCCCCCCACCCAACACCCGCACCGCCGCUCCCUCCUCUACCACGAUCAUCCCCUCCCUACCCAGGCAGCCGUAUUUCUGCUGCCGCAAACCACUCCCUCUCUCAUCCUCUUUCCCUCCCGAUCUCCAACGCUUCUACACUUUCCUCGUCGACUCCCUCACUAUCAUGUAUUUCCCUCCGCCCGUGACUAAACUCCCAGCGUGCACGACCUAUUACCGAUUUUCGCACCUUUCCCUCACCACAUGCACAGAAGUGCAUCGAUAUUUUCUCGCGUACGAGCCGCGCGAUGAAGUCGAAGGGGUAUUUUCCGAGGGCAGCGAGGCGGAUGUGUUAAGUAAGGCUGGAGCGUUGGGUGACGAGGAUGGGGUGGAGAGGAAACAGGAUGUGAUGAUUUUGAGUCGCAAUGCGAGAUGUGAGGAGCAUAUGAAAGAGGGGUAUUGGUAUGUUUUGAUGAAGGUGGAGCAGGUUGUGGAGAAGGAGGUCAAGAAUGUUAAUGUGGGGUUUGUGGGCAUGGAUACGCAGACGGAGACACAGGGGGAGGAGAUGGAUCAUGAGAUUGAUUUGGAUUUGUAUACGUAG